AAUGUCCUUAAUGGUCGUGAAACUCCAGAGACCGCUCUCCAUCAUGGAGAAGCCUCUGUUACCACGAGAGUCUGGCCAGUUCAUAGCGGAGCAGAGUCGGGAUGUGUUUGUCGAGGAUGAAGGAGUGCAGAAGGUGGCGGAGAUGCUUUACGGUCUCCGACACAGUGACGAGCUGACAGCCAGUGGCUGGAAGAAAGCAAAUCCAUUGGCCCCAGCACCCACAUCUGACCAGGGGAGUGCAUUGAACUGGGUAUUUGUAGUAGACACCGUGAACUUUUCCUUUUGGCCAGAGGAAGAAACCCAGCAGUGUGAGGUGACUUAUAAAGGCACCACAUACACAGGCUACAUGACCCUGUGUGCUGCCAUCACCAGAGCCAUGGAAGAAGGUGUACCUAUUACUGAUCCAAAGUACUUCUCUCAGAUGAACAUGGAGGAGUUGGGACGUGUCCUUCGGUCAGACAAUGAAACACCCAUGCCGAUGCUGCGGGAGCGUCACCAGGUGCUGACAGAAGGCGGCCGUGUGCUGCUGGAACAUGGUGGAAGCUUCCGCAGUUUUAUCAGCCAAGCCGGAAACGACGCCCAGAAGAUGGUGGAGCUCAUUGUGGAGAAGAUCCCCUCGUACAGGGAUGAGGCUACAUAUGAGGGUAAAAGGAUCUCAUUCUACAAGCGAGCCCAGAUUCUUGUGGCAGAUUACUGGGGCAUCAUGGCAGCCAGAGGACAGGGUGACAUCAUUAACAUGGACUGGCUCACCAUGUUUGCUGACUACAGGGUUCCUCAGGCGCUUGUCUACUUAGGAGCUUUACGAUACUCUGAUACACUGAUGCAGGCGUUGAAGAAUGGUGAGCGUCUGUCUUCAGGAGACUGGAGAGAAGUAGAGAUCCGAGGUUGUUCCAUUUGGUGCGUGGAGCUGAUCAAAGACCGUCUCCACAAGCUGGUGCAGGAGAGAGAUGGACAGCCCUGCAGUGUGAACUCAGUUAUCAUUGACUUUUACCUGUGGCCUUACGCCAAGCAGCACCACAAAGAGAUGGCCCACAUUCCCAUACACCACACACGCUGUAUUUACUAUUGAUGAGCUGGCUGGCAGCCGUACAUACAGGAGGCUGCACUUCUCAGUCUGCCGCUCGCUGGGCUGAAGCCAAGCACAUCUCUGUGCCAGGUAUACAUACAAACAGACUUCUCUUUGGCUGCAGUGGAAACAGCUGUGAAGUGUUAAUGCAGCGUGUCUUUCUGAGUGGGCACUGCUGUUCAUUUCCGGUCUCAAAUAUGUUGGUCAUAUUUUCUCACAAACCUCUCGAUGUAGAGAAAAUUAUCAUAUUAUGCCAAUCUGCGUAUGCUCUGCAAGUAUAUAACAGCCUAACAAUAAAUGAUAUUCAUCA